ACUCUUCACAAAAUGCCUGCCAACAAGACUUUCCGUACCAAGCAAAAGCUUGCUAAGGCUCAGCGUCAAAACCGCCCUAUCCCUCAGUGGAUCCGCCUUCGUACUGGAAACACCAUCCAUUACAACAUGAAGAGAAGACACUGGAGACGUACUAAGUUGAACCUCUAAAAAUGUUCGGUUGUACUUCUAUAUUGGAUAAUGUGUUUUUCUUUCAUAUAGUGUUCCGUUUUUGUUCAAAAUGUUGAAAUGGAUCGCAUUUUAUUGAGUCAACCUCAUAUUCUUUUUUUUUCUUCGCAAUUGAUGUAGGCAACUGGUUGUGUAUCUGAGAUUUGUGUAAACCGCUGUAGAAAUGUAGUCAGAAAUAGUAGAACGCGAA